CCUUGAGAAUAAUCCACAGAGUCUGCGCGCACUGGAGAAUCAAAAAGUAUGACAAUGAGAGUGGCAGUAGCAAUAGUCCAUGCUACCCCACCAUCUCCACCACCACCACCGUACCAACAGUGACCAAAUUUAAUUGACUCAUAAAUGUGAAAGCUUGGGUUAUGUGCAUAAUCACACUCACUCACUGUCCCUUAUCUAUGUGACGGUGUUACUCAUUUAAAGUUUUCUCCAUUCCUUGUCUCUGUCAUAGCUCAUCUGAAGUAAGUGGUUGUUGCUUGUUGGUAUGGCUAUGAUUGGUGUCUGCAAGUCUGCAACUAUUGAAAUUUACUUGCUUGUGUGGUUGCUUUUGGAAUUCUAAGUUAAGGGUUUGUCUUCUUCCUUUUUUUCUGUUUUGGCAACAGCAACAUGAGUUCAGAGGAAAAGCAUGUCAGUGAAGAAGAUGCUGCAGCUUCUUGCAGAAGAACAGUUUCUCUUGCUGUUAACAAGGGUGAAGAUCCAAUGGGGAUAACUGAAGAAACCACACAUGUUCCUCCCAGGAAGAGACAGAAUCUUCAACUAGAAGUACCAUUAAGAACACCUGAAGAAUGUUCCCAAGAUUUUGUUGCAAUCAAAAUGCCACAAACACCAAGUCCCACACCUACCCCUACUCCUAAGAGAGUGAAUUUCCUUGUGUCUUCUCGCUCUGUUGAUACUCCAACAAAUAAUUCACCUGGGAAUUCAGCAUCAAAAGGAAGAUCAUCCAUAAGAAGCCUCCUACCAAAAUUGAGCUUCCGGAAUCGGACACCAGCAGAUAUUGAAAAGGCUACAACACCAACUCCAGAAGUUUCCUCUUCAGGUGUUCGAGAAAGGCCUUUAAUCUCAAGAUCAUUGUCCCUUAGUAAGAUAUUUACUCCUAGGAUUAAGAGAACAUCGUCGUUACCGGUAGAAGAAAUUGGACAUUCAAACGCAGAAUCUGCUCAUGGUGGAAGCGUUGGGGGUCAUCUAAAUAAGAGAGAAACUCAGCGAAAGAUAGCUCGUUCUCUUUCAGUGCCUGUCAACAACAAAGAAAAGAGCAUAAGGAGGAUGGACUCAUUUUUCCGCGUUGUUCCUUCUACUCCUCGAGUAAAGGAAGGAAAUGAAUUGUUGACCUCAUCCCCGGAAAAGGAUAUAGAAAAUGAAGAUGAUGAUGGUGAAGAUAUACCUGAAGAGGAGGCUGUGUGUAGAAUCUGUUUUGUUGAACUAAAUGAAGGAGGUGAGACCUUCAAGUUGGAAUGCAGCUGCAAAGGUGAACUUGCUCUGGCUCACAAAGAAUGUGCUAUUAAAUGGUUUAGUUUGAAGGGUAACAAGACCUGCGAUGUUUGCAAGUCAGAAGUUCAAAACCUACCUGUAACUCUAUUACGGAUUCAAAGUGUUCGAAAUCGGAUUAUUGGAAGUAGGUCUCAACUGGAAGAUUUAGAUGGAUACAGGUUUUGGCAGGAAGUUCCGGUGCUUGUCAUUGUCAGCAUGCUUGCCUAUUUCUGUUUUCUGGAGCAGCUAUUGGUUUCAAAAAUGGGAACUGGCGCGAUUGCCAUAUCUCUUCCAUUUUCUUGUGUACUGGGUCUGCUCUCCUCCAUGACUUCAUCAACCAUGGUGAAGAGCAGGUUCAUCUGGAUCUAUGCAUCCGUCCAAUUUGCUCUGGUGGUUCUCUUCGCGCAUAUAUUUUACUCUGUGGUUCAUGUGCAAGCAGUUUUGUCAAUCCUUCUUGCAACAUUUGCUGGUUUUGGUGUGGUGAUGUGUGGGAGUUCUAUCCUUGUGGAGGUUUUUAGAUGGAGGAGGAGAUGGCAAGCUUUAUCAGAGCAGCAACAACUACAUGGCCCUCAAACUGCAAACACACCACGUUCAGGCAGUGUUACUCAACCUGUGGUGCAAAAUCAACAGAACUGAAACCAGAACUGCAUCGAUGUUUUUUUAGCUUCUCUUAACAAGCUAGGGGCUGCAGUGAGUUGCUUUUCAAUUCAGAGGAUUUGGAAGACACUUCUUGUGUAUAGGGAAUUGAACUUUAUUACUUCACACCUACAUUGGCCUUCAUUGUACAGCUUGUGUUAGCAACAUGUUUGGAUACCCGUUGGUACCAGUGCAAAGGGAUGUUAGCACUCAGUUCUAGACAAAAAGUGAACAAUUUUUUUCUUAUGGAUUGGGAUCAUAGUUUGUUCAAGUUACACCCAACUGGUAUCCAAAUACACAUACAAUGACCUGGACUAUAGCUUCUCUUGCUAUGCAAUUUCUGUUUGUUUAUUUGUACUGAGCAUCAGAAGGCUUUCAUUUUUGUAGUGUAAUUGGAUGACAGACAAUGAUUUUGUUUUUGGUUGAA